UAAGUUGUUGUAUUUCGUAUUUUUGUGCUGUGCGUCGACCGCAGCCUGCUGGCAGGUGUACAGUUGUUGUCGCUUAUCGAACAAGCCGCGGCUCAUCCGAAAUCCGUGAAAUCGCAUCACCGACGGACCGCCCGCCCUCGACGCGACAGUUCCGUUCCGUCUAUACCGUUCGUGCGACAAAAACAAUAAUACAUUAAUAUAGUUUCGCCGUCGUCGGUUGCGUUCUUCUCCGCGUCGAACGUUUCGAACACGCGUAAUUCUCGCGUUGCUGUUCGCAGCAACAUCGACGCCGUCAUCAGAGUUCGGGCGCGGCGAGCGUGUAAUUUUUUUUUGAAAGAAAACGAAAUCCGCGAUUGCGAGAAAACACACGGGCUCUCACACGUACACGGUCGCGCGCGCACGCUCAGGCACACGCGGGCCGCCGAUAAUAAUAUUAUUACGUCGCGAUUUAUAAUAAUAUAUAUUGUAAUCUAUAGGCGGUGCGUGCGAGUUUUUCCGUUGUUGUUGUUAUUGGUUAUUGCUCGUUUCUCGUCAGUGUGAUACCCGGUCGCGUCGGUGUCGUUUCGCCUUCGCGUGUUUACCGCCGUCCGGAUUCCCUUGCCCCGUGUGACGCAAUUCGCCGAGCAGAGUUUCGCUACCGUCAGUCGCUGACGACUUUUUCCUACUUCCCCGACCGGAUUUCCAGCUGUCGAAGACUACCGACGGACGACUACGAUCAUGUCGCUGAAUACGGCUCAUGUGCAAGGCGGCGGUUGCCUGAUACACGCAGGCGAAUGCAUUAUUUUGUUUACUGAUGCUGUUACAAUUGACUUUCAUGGCCAAGAUGGAAGAGCAUUUCAUGGCUCUAAAGUGGGAAAACUGUUUUUAACUACUCAUCGUUUGAUUUUCAUCAACAAAUCUGACAAGGACGAGCUUUUAUCAUUUAGUAUGCCAUUUGUCACUCUCAAAGAUGUGGAAUUGGAGCAACCAGUUUUUGGUUCAAAUUAUAUAAAAGGUAAAGUACGUGCUCAACCUAAUGGAAACUGGGUUGGUGAAGCAAAAUUCAAAUUGAUAUUUAAAAAGGGAGGAGCUAUUGAUUUUGGAAGAGCCAUGUUAAGAGCAGCAUCAAUGGCUAAUAGUAACUAUCCUGAAAUGGAUAAUCCGCCAGCCUACGCUCCACCUGAAGGUCCAUACUAUAUGGCUGAUGUUCCGUACGGUGUACCUCCACCUGGCUACUAUGGAUGGAUGCCUUCAACUGCAGCUUUCCCAGAUGCACCACCUCCUCAAUCAGUGUAUAGAACAGAUAUGCCUCCUCCAUAUCCAGGUAUUAUUGGUUUCACUGGUAAUCAUGGUUAUGCAAGCGCUCCACCUGCCCAAACAGCUCCACCUCCACAACUUUUUAAUGGACAAGAUGCAAAAGCAGCAGAAGCAGCACAAAGUGCAUACUUUGAUCCAAACAGGCCACAAAUGGCUUAUGUUCCACCACCAUCAUACUAUGAACUUCCUCCACCUUACAAAGAAGCUGAAAAUAAGAAGAACGAUUAAAAGAAACAUGUUUAUGUCUACAUUCCAUUGAUUGUUUUUUAUAAUUUUAUUGUUUUUUUUUAAGUGGUAUUGAAAUAUGCAAGGAUCUUCAAAAAUGUGAUUGUAUUGCAUUAUUUCAACAGUUUAUUUAUCUUAGUCAAUAUGGGGAUAAUUACCAUCACAUUUAAUCAUACAUUAGAAAUCGCUCAUUAACUGUCUUUUUUUAAAAUUAUUUUUGUAAGAUGAUGCUAGAUAACCUAACAAGAGUAGUAAUAUAUCAAAGAAAAUAAUGAAAAUUAUGCUUUAAAAUCUCAUGUGUUUCUGAGUUAGACAUUCAUUUAGUACUUAUUUAAAACAUACUUUUAGUCAAUGCAAUGUCUUUAUUUGUGUAUUCCAAGUAUGUCAUCUCCGCGUUAACACAUUAUUAUCAA